CUGACACUCCAAAAAGCUCAAAAUGGUUUAAUACGAUUUCUCUAGUGUUUGUUUUAAAAUUUUUCUGAACCUGCACCCUUUGUGCAGUGUUUCAAAUUUUUGAAUUUGAGCGCCGCUUUGGAAACUCAACAGCGCGUCAAGAUGAGUAAGUUGUCAUUCCGAGCUCGACAGCUCGAUUCCAACAAGGCGCUUCCAGUCUAUCGGGCGGAGGAACUACCCGAUUUGACGGAAUUCAGCACCAUAAACCGUGCUGUGCCUCAAAUGCCUACUGGAAUGGAGAAAGAAGAAGAAACGGUGAGUGAAAUAAGUUGUCAACUUGUAGUAUUAUGCUCAUUUAUUUAACAAAUUAAAGAAUGUGUGAUAAGUGAUUAAGAUUUUCAGCCUCUUAAUGAUCCGACCAUCCGUCUGCAAAUCGAAAAGUUUCUAAACGUUAUUUUGGGCUUCUGAUCGAGUUUAAAAGCUUUGUGAAAUGUACUUCUGUUUUGUUCACGUGAUGUCGAUGCGUAAACCCGCCAUUUUUGAACGGGACUUGCACGAUACCCGCGAAACGCGGAAGUGAGCAACUUAGUAGAACUUCAGAGUAGAACUUUAACGAUUUCGCGUCUCUUGUGGAUAAUUUAUUGCUUUUAGGAAGUUUUGUCUCGAAAAUCUUUAGUUUUCCUAAUAGUUUUGAAAUGUACAAAUUGGCCAUUUCCUUUCUUUUUGGGGUAGGGAGGGUUAUGUAAUUCCUUAUUUGAUUAUGUAUGUAGCUUAGCAUCAUUAAAAGCUUUAAAAUUAUAAUUAGUUAUGUUGAGUGUGUUUUAAGUUAACUGCUCUUAGAAUUUUAGAAAGAUUUCUGAACAGUCCCAUGCAUAAACUCUCAAACUACCCAUCAUAACAGUGAAUGUGAAUAGUUUGAGUCAAAAAUUGUAUGGGUAACUUAGUGUAGGAAUCUUGUCUGAAAUUUUUGGUAGUUUUUCAUAUUUUGAUUUUAGAAAAAAAGACUAAUUUAGUCAAACAAACACCACUAUAGUUAUGUAAGGUGCAUUAUCACCAAAGAACUUUUGUUAAAUUCUGUAACCUGCAAUGAAUAACAAUCAUAAGCCAUAUGUUAACUGUGUUACAAUUUUCAAACAAAAUUAUUGUAAUACUUGAGACAAGGUUUUCUGUCUUCUUUCCUCCACUUUUCUUUUUUGUAAGUUCACUGUUAUGGAGACACAAAGAGUGUCUAUAACUUUGAAAAUAAUAUCCUAUGAUUUGUAUGACAGCUGCCAACCACUGCAUACAGAAAGUGUCUUACCUGAAUCUAAUUAACCAUUGUUAAGGCCUUCUGAGGGGUGGCAUGUAUUUCCCUAGCCUUACAUGUACAGCAGAACCUCGAUAACUCGAACUCGGGUAACUUGAAUUUCCCGCUAACUCGAACUAAAUUUCCUUUCUCUUGAUCAAAAUUUCACUGAAAUUUACCCCAAUAACUGGAUCUCCCUGCUAACUUGAUAUAUAUAAUCUGUCAGCAAGCUACUAAACUGAAUUUUGUGACCAUUGAGCAAUGGUUUGUUUACAAUCAUACGUGAUCAUGCCGGGUGGUCACUUACUGGAAACAGAAAUCAAAAGAAUACGUCAAAUUUCUGGCUUUGAAAGUGCAGCAUCCCAGUUAAUUCUUUCAAGUGGGGGGUCAUGUACGUACAUACAUACAUACAUACAUACGUUGUUUAUUGUGUUUUGAAGUAAAAGUACAAUUAUAACAUGCCCAUGGGUAGCUAAGCUAAUCAAGGCAGGUCAUGUUUACAAGAAAUGAAUACAACAAAGAAAAAAGAAAUGAUCUUCACCAGCCUAACAACAAAUACACAUAUGCAAGAACUCAGAGCGCUAGCUAAAUCGUCCGGUCAGUCUCGUGUUCAGAAACUUAGAAUCUUUUGUGACAUAAUCGUUGUUCCAUUACUACUUUGUCUCCUCUCCAGUUCUUCUUCUCAUCUAGACCAUCUGAGGGUUCACCAAGACCACGUGCUAAUCUUUUUUGUUAUCUUUAACUUAAUACUUGUAUGUCUGUGUAGGAACACCAUCUCCAGAGAGCAAUUUCAGCGCAGCAGGUUUACGGAGACACACAACAGCUAGUGAUUCCUACACCAGAGACAGAAGAAAUAAAGGAAAGAGUAGUUGAAACGCUUUACCAAGAUCCUUUCAAACAACCAAAACAAUACAUCCACGUCCAAGGUUAGUAAGUAAACUUAUGUAAGCAGCCACCUUUGCACAAGAGAUACAGCCAUACAGUAGUAGCAAAAAAAUAUCCUGCGUCAGAAGACAAUGCAUUGUUUUAUAUUAAAAACUGAAUCAUUGGAUAUUGCAAUUGUAGAGCUCUGAUUGGCUUAGCCAUCAUGGUAUAUGAACCAUGCUCUCCAAAUAUGGUAACUGUACGCAUCUGUUCAAAAUUAAAAACAAGCUGAAAAUCAGUUGUUUGUACAAAAUUUGUACAAACAACUGAUUUAUAUUAUAUUUAUAUUUAAUAUGGUCGGGAAGAAUUCUCGAUAUUUUGUGGGUGUUUUUAAUAAAACAAUUCCACUCGUACUUGUUGGAUAUGAGAUGAUUAUAGCCAAAGAAGUGUGUAACGCCAACUUGGCUAUCUACCAUCUCAUAUCCAAUGUGCACUUGUGGAGUAAUUGUUAAAUGUCCAUUAAGAAGGGGACACCUCAUUACACGAGGAGUGAGGACCAUUUCAGUUGAAAAUGUGCUGAAAGUAACCCCUACUUUACAUAAUAACCUUGCCACCAUGAUAAAAAUGCCAUUUUUGCUGUGUUCUGUUGAUUCCAUUAGCAUAUGAACACCAAAAAUAGAAAUGCUAAGGUAAAAGGUAAUACAGUACGGUUCAAAUGAAGGUUACCACACUCGUCCAAGAGAAGCAUCUCCUCUGAUGAGACAAAAGUUUCUCCUUGAGAGACAUGUCAUGUCUCAAGAGACAAUGUUCUUGUCUUGGGAAAUGGUUAAAAAUCUUCAAGUAUAAAUAUUGUCACCUUUCCAGCAUUAUAGUAGCCUGCGGAAACAGCCAUCUCUCCUUGCUCCUUGCUGCUAGGGGGGUUUGCGGGAGAGAUGUCUGAGCCUUAACGACAGAAAUUUCAUACCAAUAAUGUAAAAUCUGUCCUGAAUCUGGCUGGAGCUUUGAUUGGUCAAUGCAUUGAUUUUAUUCUUUUAGCUACUGUUUACGAAUGACAGACAAAAGACAAAGGUUCACAAGGGUCAAAUGAAAAAUUAUUGUGAUGAUUCUAGUACAAAAUAGUCACUAUAUUCUUCUUUAGAAAAAAAAAUUGUUGCUGCAGCUCAUUUGCAAAGAACUCAAAACUUUACCAUAAUAGAGCAUGAGAAACAUAAACUUGGAAUUUAUGUCAAUUUGGAACCCCAUGUAUGAAAAUAUUGAUUUACAUCAUUGGUAUGGCAUUUCUGUGGUUGAGGUACAGAUAAUUAUCUCUCCUGCAAAACAUCCCUAGCAGUGGGGAGCAAGGAGAGACGACUGUAUUUGAAGGCUUAAGUUAUAGUGAUGGUAGCUCAAACACAGAGAUUGAAAUUUCUUAUAUUUUAUCAGUGGAUCAUACUAUGCCCCUAACUCUCACAAUUCCUGAUCCAUUUGCCAUUGAUUGUGUAGAGGGUAAUUUAUUGAAGAGUGUUCUUGAUCUUUGUGGUGCAGUGAAAGGUGGUCAUCUGAAAAGCUAUUAAAUGGUCUUUUUUUAGCUUUCAACUUUGAUGAGGAAGUGCCAGAAUAUGACAUGGACUCUGAGGAUGAGGAAUGGCUGAGGAAUUUCAACAAAAAGAAGGUGAGAUUUCUCCCUUAACACAAAGUUUGUGUCAGUAUUGGUCGUCAAUAACAAUUGCUCACCUCUGUGUAACUUGUUGAAACAUUGAUUUUCUCAUACUGACUUUUUUCAUUUCAUUAGGAACUAUUGACACCCCUUAGAUUUGAACAGUUACUUGACCAGCUGGAAAGAAAUUCAGGAAACCAGGUAAAAUAAUACUCAUUUGUUUGGUACAGGACUUUCAGUAAGCUUUGAAGAAGGUAGCUUGGAACUAACUUGGUUCACUUAGAGUUUUUUGCCUGUGGGAGAGAUUGCAAAAUUGAGCCUCAAUUAAAUGGUUUGGGAAUUUGCUCCAACAAAUGUUGGGAGAUAAUCAGACUGUGCUGGGUUAAACAUCCCCUGAGCAAAACAAUGUAAACAGAUAAUUAUGUUUAUCACCAGAAGAGAAAAACGUUACAGUAUAGAUACACUGCACUUGUGUGUUGAAUGAAGUUGAGGAAGAAGACCAAACAGCUUCAACAUUUUGAGACAUGUAACUAUGAAAGACAAGGUGUAAAUAAUUUUGAGAGCUUUUUCAACCUGUCACAACAUCUCAGAUCAAUGCUCUGAGGGGAAGUUGAACAGUCUCAACUGUGUCUCUCAACAAACUAAUGUUAAGACAAUGCUGUGACAUUGUUGUGGCCAUUUGUUUGGGGUUUUAAUAGACUAAAUAAGAAUGUCCUUCUUUUCCAGCCUGUGACAGCGAAUGAAGCCAAGUCGUUAUUGAAGGAUUUGAGUCCUGAGAUCCUUAAGCCUUUAUAUGAUUAUUGGUUGAACAAAAGGAAAAAGAUGGUAAAGCACUUAUAGUACUAGUAGCAUAAUGACACAAUCCAUCAGAAAUCAUUACUAAAAUACAUGUAAUUUAUACUUAAAUAAUGAAAUUGAAUACAUGCAGUAAACAAACUUUUUGGUGCUCUGCCACUUCCUCCUUCAAUGUUAGUGGGGAUUUUAAGUUGUUUUUUAUAGUCGAAAACAUGUAGCUAAAUGUGUGAUUACCCAGGAUAUUGUGUUACUUUGACAAGAAAAUGUGCAUGAACGUCCACCAUGUACACUGUACCUGUUGUUCCUUUGAAAUCAUUUCACAACCCUUGGGAUUUUAUUUUCUGAAAAUUAUCUCAAAAUUUUGUCUUCUGUAAGUGUGUAAAUUUGAAGUUUGUAAUAAAUUUGGCAUCAAGAACAAGAGCCAUCGCAGUACUUUACUUGUGAACAAGAUUUUGGGCAGGGUUUUCUCUUUUUUUCGUGCCUGAACGUGAAAGGUUGUAAUUUGGCAUCAGAAUCAAACGGCUUAACUAGCUUCAAAUGCAUUCUUGAGCAGAAUCACCAGGGAGAUGGGGUUAGUCUAUGGGUUGAGCUUAUGCUUCAUUAAGAGUUAAUAUACUGUAAUUAGCUGACAUCUUGUUGUUUUCUUGUAGAAGGAUCUUGUGAUAUCACUGAUUCCUCAGCUUAAAGGCGAAAAGAGGGAUGGUACUUCUGCUAGUGAUCCAUAUGUGGCAUUUAGAAGGAGAACAGAGAAGAUGCAGACAAGAAAAGUAAAUAAUGUUUUAUUAUAUAAACACCAAUGAAAUACCAAGUGAGCUUUCGCACGAAAACUUGUUAUCUUCACAUAAUAAAUCGCACCUUUUACACCAAAAAACUAUUAAAGUGAAAUGGUUUGGUAUUUCAUUGGUUUUUAUAUAAUGAAUAGAACAUUACAUGGUCGCUUGGAGAUACGAAAUUUCUUCUCUUAUUUCAACACUCCAAGGGAAAUUAUGUAUCUCUGCGUGGCUAUGUAAUAUCCCCUAUAAUAUUAUGCAUUUCUAGAAAAUAUCUCUGAAAAUAGCUUGAUGUGCUAGAUUGUAUAGAUGUAAAACAGAAUUGCCAGUUGGUUAUCGUUAACUUCAGAAUUAAGGAUGUAGAAUAUGGUUCCUCGAACAUAAAAUAUUUAUGGCACAAUACACUAGUUUCCAUUUCUUAUCUUUCAAAGUGCUCUGAAGUGCUUUCGAAAGCUGUGUGUCAUGGUCUAUGUCUCACUGGACUAUUUUCUUUUCAGAAUCGUAAGAAUGACGAGGCUUCCUACGAGAAAAUGCUGAAACUCCGUAGAGACUUGAAUAGAGCUUGUACAAUUUUGGACAUGGUUAAGCGAAGAGAAAGCUCAAAGAAGGAGCUUCUUAAGCUUACUGUUGAUGUGUUUGAGAAAAGGUAAUGUAUGAAAAAAAUAAAAAUAUCAAUACAUUAUCAUGAUCCACUUAAAUUUAUUAAGAAUUUAAACAAUUUGUCUCACAGUAAUUCUGUAAUUUAAAGAAUUUCCCCCAAAAAUUUCACUUGCCCAUCAGGAAAGAUAAGAAAAGAAUUGUUUAGCAAAACGUGGCUGGCUCCUGUGGAUUCAAAGUAAGUUUUACUAAACAAACCUUUGUGGAUGUGUAGAUAUGCCGCCGGGGAUUACGCUGGUCAGAUCCUUCAACAGUGUAUGGAUAUGAUCAGAUAUCAGCCCCCUGCUACUAACCUUACAGUGCCGACAUCAGCUGGUUAUGGCGAAAAUGUCACACCAGGUGCGAUGACAGCUGGAGAGAGGGAGCAGGAAUUGUGGAGGCGAGGCUUACAUGUGAGUUUUAACACAUAUCAUGAGGGUCAUUCAAAAAGCAAAUUACUUAUUUUAUUCAUUCCCUGCUCCAUCAUUACGCAUAAGCACUGUAUCAACAUUCUGGUCCUAGCAGUAUGUGGGAUGUUUGUCACAUGAACCUAGUUUACUGACCUUAGCUUCCGCGAGUAUUCUGUAGCUCAGUGGUAGAGCUUUUGGGCUGGUACCCUGAAGGUCAUACAUGUAGGUUUGACUCCUAUCAGGAGUACUUAGAAUUUUUCUUCCGAACCUCCUGUCUCACUGACUGAAAAGUCAUCUUUCUUAUGUAUUCACCAGGUAUCACAUCUCUGUCAGGGUUUGACUUUAUUUGCAUCAUAAUAAACCCAGUAAAUGAGUGAUGGUGGAUUACAUUCAAUGGAUAUAAAAUUAGCUACAUCCUGUCUUACUUUUGUAACUACCAAACUAUAUAAUUAUCUUUCAACUGUUCUUUCAGGAAAGACAACGAGUAGGGAAGAAUGAUGUAAUCAAUGAAUUAGGGUAAGCGAUAUAACUUGAAAUUAGUUUUAAUAGCCAAGCCUUGAUACACAGUGGACUCCAUUAUACACCCAUCUAAUUAUUACAGCCACACAAACCAAGUGUGCUUUGAAACAAACAGACAAGUGAUAAACAAAACUACAUCUCGAAACACAAAAACGAUAAACGAUACUCCUUUUUCACUGAAAGUGUCUAAUAUCAUAUUAUUAUUAAGUGUCUAAUAUCAUAUUAUUCACUUUUAAUAUAGACAUUUCUUUACAAAUUCAGCAGUGUAAAAGCACCCAUGAAAUAUGACCCCACCCCUCAAAUACGGCGCCUCUGCUGACACCAUCAAAUUGUUAUGGUCCGUUGGCAGCGGCAUUACUCUAAUAGACACGAGUAGAAUUCACUUGAAUAACUCUAGAAGAAGAGUUGAGUGCAGCUGGGUUUAUUUCUUCUUGAUUUGUUUUAAAAGCGUAUCACGAGAUUAAGCAGUAGCUUUUAAGACAGAACAGUGAAGUUCGAGUUCUGCAGUGUAACUUUUUUUGUUGAAGAAAUACUAGAUUAAUACUGCUGACUUUCCCCCCUCAGAAUCAAGAGACCCAAACUUCAUCAACAUGCCAAGGUUUCUCAACCAGGAGAUCAGUUGGUGUUUAGUGAUGAAGAAGAGCUCAUUCACGUUUCGCCUCCUCCGGUAUGCUAUCGUAAUCUUGAUUUAUUAUUAUGAUUUUCAAAUUCAAUUUCUUCCACGCCCUUUUUCUGCAGGUUCCUUGCUUAGUUCUCCAUUCACUUUAAAACCGUUUGUUAAGAGGCAAACUGAUGUUGAAUUGUCUUGUUGUGCAGGUUGAUAUUCCUUCAGAACCUGAAGAUGACGAGGAUGAUCCGGAUGGUAGAUUUGCAUUUAAAAGAAAGCGUGGUGUCAAAUACAUGGCGGUGAGUUGGACAAGUGUUUUAUUUCCAGAGAUAAUUUGGAGUAGGGGAUUCAUCAAGCAAGUUGGGGACCCGCUCAUCCAGACCCUGAGAUAAGUGGGGGGGGGGGGUAGGGUGGCUGGCCGGUUUCCAAAAUAAUAGGGAACUUAAGCAACGUCGAAGGCGACGGCAACGAGAGCGUCUAAAGCAAUAGGUUAAGAUAAGAAUCGGUUAACAAAGCUUUGCACGUACGUCACGCUCUUUGUAUAUUUCUUUGCCGUCGUUGCACGACUACAACGUGAAACUUCCUAAUUAUAUCUUUUUUUGAAGGGCGUGAACACAAGACAACGAUUUCCUUUUUCUGAACUAAGAUAUUGUCCUUUGGAAUUUAACUUGAGAAAAAUUCGCUAAAUUUUGCCAAUGUGAACGAGAUGGAAUGAGCGCAAUGAAGUUUAAAACAGCGCGAGAAUUUUUAAGUGACGUUUUUGCGGCCCUCGACGUCGUAGUUGUUUAAGGUCCCUUAUUCUCGGUCCCGCGGGCUUUUGUUGGCCUUAAAAAAAGGUCCCGGCAGCCCCGACCCUCUCGGGCUCCUUCUUCCCUAGAUGCGCUAGUGAUUUUGUACAUAUGAAGCCGUGUUUUCUUUGUGGAUUCAAUAGAGUGGGAAUUUAUUUCGAAUGUUCUCUUUCAGCCUCGAUUCGAUUGCCCUCAGCCUCUCCCAUGGAUCGAUCCAGCGGAAGGAGGUCUGGGUGACAAGAGAUUUCGCUUCACUUGUACAUCAAUAUCGUCUCCACAGCGAGUUAUUGGUUUCGCGCGGAGAAGAAUAGGACGAGGUGGCAGGUAGAGCUGAAGAGCCCUCACGUUAGAGUGGCUGCAAUUUGUACAGUAUUUACUUGAAUAAGCGCCGCGGCCGUGAUAUAAUUAAAAUCAAAAUAAUUCUUUGGCAAUACCAUUCUUUGUCGCGUCCAACUUUCAAAUAAACGACGCUCUCAAAUAAACGCCGCACUUGAGAAGUAAAAUUAUUUAUUAAGUGCCGCGAUGCUUAUUCGAGUAAAUACGGUAGUCAAGUAUUAAAAGUUACAAUUGACACAUCGUUAUCCCCAAAUCAAUAAAAUGAGGCAUUUCCAUCAAUGAGAGAAAACCGCUUUAACAGGAACCCCCAGGUGAACGGUAUCUUAAGGGGUGUCUUGUCUUUGUCUUGUUUUUUUUUGUCUUCAUAUGCUUCCAAAGGUUUCACUCAGUUUUCAAGUUCAUCUCUUCAUCCCCCCCAGACUACAUGACAUUCCUGUCAUGUAUUUUUGUUCUUUAUGUCCUUUGCGGAAUGAUUCUAUUGUAAAUGUAGAACUUGAAAUGGAACUUGGGUUUGCGAGCUCUACGGGGCGAAACCACUGUUCAGAAAGCACUGCAAGGCUGUGCUGUGUCCAAUCCCCGUUACAAUGUCAGUGUUGUUAUAUUUUCAGUCAGCAGAGAUUUGCAGCGAUUUUUCAUUGAUUACUACUCAGCACCAUAUCGUGCAGAAAUAUUGCUAUCAUCUACGUUUUGAUGAAUUCAUUGCCUUUCUGUAUAGGAUAUACAUGGACCGAGGCUACAGUCCUUUAUCUGAAGACUUAGAUGAGCUGGAUUCGCGUCUCAACUCCUCGACGUCUUCAUUUUCAUUACCAAAUGGUUUGUUUCCGUACGAUCACCUCACCGGCUGGAAGAAACCUCUAUUGUAAGUAACAGCUUCUCAGCAAAUCGAAUCAGAUUGUACUCCAAGACCAUAAACGCCUUACUAAGAUGCAUUUCUCUUUGUUUUUAGGCCGCAUUUCAGACCGAAAUCUCCACCCAGUCAAGUCACGCUUUCUUCCCAUUCGUCAUCUUCUGUAUCGUCAACUGAUUCACCUUCUGCCAGUAAACAGACCGGGGAGCCAAGACCGCGCCUUCAUAGAAGCUUUUCCACGCAACCAAGAUCGAAAUUCUCACUUAACCCCACCCCUACAAAUGGUGUGGUGGGGCUGAACUUUACGCAUCCCAACUUGGGCCGUAACGCUCUAACGAACGGACCAUUAUCGAGUCAAGGCGGUUACACUACGGGAGCACUUACUAGUAAAAACACUGCCUACUCUACGGCACCUAUGAACUCAGUGUCCGCUUUGAAUUUUCCUGUGAACUCUGGACACACAAUAUCGAACAGUUUAGUGCGCGGCAAUGCGCCGUUUUCACCCUCGGCUCUUAGUUCAUCAUCAUCGGCGACUUCAACGUUGAGGGCGGGCAGCGUUGAAAAUUCUGGCGCGGAACAAAUGUAAGUGGGGCCAUUGUCUACUACAAUGUAGUUAGUAGCACCAUCGUGCUCUUCUUGAAUCUCCUGUUUUCACUGUCCUGGACUUACGCCUCCCCCAUUUUUUUUCGCUUCAGACAUCCGCUCCCCUCCACCCUUUUGCUCCUCUUCCUCUUCCGGUUUUCCCAACUUCAGAUUUCCGCUUCCUAUAGCCGAUAGCUGAUUAAUACAGGACAACUUUCCAGUGUGCGCUCCGCGUAAGAUAAAUCCCACGAAAUGAGUCUCUGCCCUUCUGUCGUCACGUACUGCAUGAGGUGUGUCUGGGGUCCGGGAAGGGCCGCGAAAUCGUUAUCCCGCAUUCCCGCUCGUUUCACGAGAAUCUGGCCGCAUCCCGAACUUGUCCGCCAUUGCCAUCCCGAAUGUCGUUUUCUUUCCCAAUCCCGCAUCCGUGCUCAAAUUUUGGCGAAUAGCCCUUCCUGGUCGGGUAGCAAUCAAAUCUCGUAUCCCGCUAACGUUUCCCGAAUCCCGCACUGUAUUUUGGUCAAACCCCGCGCUCGGGAAUACCCUUCCAGACCCUGUUUGUCGUGUGACUUAAGAACCUGUUAAAACACGAUGACAUAUUAUGGAAUACGCAGAUGUAAGCGGGAACUGCCUGGUAAGAGCAAUGCUUUCAGUCAGCAUCUUCGUCUUUUCUUGACCUUGCGGAAAACAGGUUUUUUAUGAUUUAAUCUUCCAUGCAAGGCUCCGUUUCAUGAACCGCUGAAGUAGCCCUUUGUGGUUUGUUGAUGUUUUCUCUCCAGGGAAUUAGAUGUGGUAAAUAGAACAGAUGGCAUUCUUAGCACAAUGGAUGGGUUAGGAUCUUCACUUAGCAGUGUACCAAGUGCAUCGUGAUGCCUGCUAGCCAAACCAAUCAAUAUAAUCAAGAAUGCGAUUGUUCUCCAUCCAGAAAGCUGGUCUUCUCUCUGUUUUAGAUGGUUGCAAGUCGUCGGGGUGAAAGUUGCCGAAAGAAAGAGGAAGGAAUAAGAAUUGGAGGGCCGUUACUUUUGCAGAAACAUUAAGCGCCCUGUAUAAUUUGUUACUAUUCCGAAGGGAUGGAAAGAUUCCCCCUCGGAUGGCGGGUUACACGAGAGAUAUAGACAUAGUCUUCAAUUUGCUUGGGAAUUCUCUCAUAUUAUGCACAGAUAGUUAAGGGAGGUGAAACAACGCGACAUGGAACUAGAAAUACGUAUUAAAGCGCUUCACUGGAUUUGCUUGAUGGCGCCCAUGAUAUUAACGUAGAAUCCACAACUCUCAUUUCAUCAACACAGACGUUUCGUUGGAAAUAUUUUAUUCGCGAAAAUCUGACUGAUUAUUAGCUCAAACAAACUUCACGUUCUUUGUAACUUCAGCCUAUAGGUACCUUUUUGUAUUUGUCAGCGCAUGCUCUGUGAAGGGAAGUUUUUUUUGUUGUACUUCGAUUAUAACGUGCAUAUCGAGUUCUUUUUUUCUGAACGCCUUUUGUAUUAUCGACUCUGCCUUUAUGUUCAGUUUUGACAGACUGCAUUUUGUUUCACAAAAGGCUGUAGUUAAAGAGAGCGACCAGUUUAAUCGAAGAUAGAAGAAUAUAAAUUUAGAAAAAGAAAACGUCAAAACUCUGCCACUGGGGUGAUGGUGGAAGAGCUGUACAACUUUUGUGCUUCGCAUCUUUUGCGCGUUCUUCAGGAUAAAAAUAUCGACGGUGAAGCAUUAUAGUCUAUCAGAAACAAGCGUGAUCAAUUUGUGUUAUAAUCAACAGGACAGAACAGUGUAAAAAGUAAAUAAACGGUCGACGUUCCCGUAUUUUUUAAAACAUUAUUUAUUGUUACAAAUUAUAGGAAGAUUAUUUGCGCAUCACGCCUCUAUCGUGUUAACUGUGAUGCGAUAAUUAUGAGGGACAACAUUGAUUAGUAUUCUCCUUAGCUGGGGUUGCGUUGGUUGGGUAGUCACGCAGUGCCUGCUAUAAUAUAAUUGCAUGACAACCAGAGUAACGCAACCCCGGCAAUAAUAGCUGCCAAGUUUCAAUCGAGGCAGUGUUCUUUGUCCAGUGUACUCGGUACAGCGACAAAGUUUUAUUUGAAUUGAG